AUUUCCCUGAGAACAGUGGGAGGGGGGAAGAGGGCCGAGCGAUGCAGGAUAUUCUCACAGGAUGUGAUGGCUGGACAGCAGCCGGAGUCGUGCAAUGUGGAGGGAAGAGUCAGCUGAGAGGAGCUUUUUGGCUUGUGGCGUUUGCUUGGUUACUAUCGAUCUGUGAGUGGGUGGGUGUGCGCGCUGAGGAUGUGAAAUCAACAUGGUCAGGAGGCACUUUGAAGACUAGUCAUCAGCUGAAAGUGAGCACCAUGGCCGCCCUCCAGCUGCUCUUCCCGCUGUUGGUCAGCUGUGUGGCGGCAUCUGUACGUCCUCCCCGCCACCUCCUUCCAUGUCAAGUUGUCCAGAUGGAUGUGUUUUGCAGCGAUCUAAGCCUCAGAAGCGCCCCGGUCAAUCUUCCUCGUGGCGUCCAAAUGCUGGACCUUUCUCGCAACCAGGUGCAGAACCUCACCCAGGAAACUCUUGCGUACCACACAGGCUUCCACCACCUGAACCUUCACUCUAACAAGAUCCACUUCAUCCAACCGGGGCUCUUCAAAGACAUGACUGAUCUGAAAGUCCUGGAUCUGUCCAGGAAUCAUCUGAAUGUUUUCGCUCUUUCCAAAAUCAACAUUGGGCCUCUUACAGCUGUAGAGUCACUUGAUCUUUCAAGCAACGGGCUGUACACGGGGAUGUCCGACUAUUUCCUGGCUGACUCUCCGUCGCUGGCAAACCUUUCUCUAAACAGCAACAGCAUCACCAAAAUAGCACAAAAUACCUUCAGUGGGUCCUCGUCACUGAGGAAAAUCAGCCUCCACAAUAACGUCAUCCUGGAAAUUGAAGAUGGAGCUUUUGACUCCUUGAGUCAUCUGACUGAACUCGAUCUUUCCAAGAACUCGAUCACGUGCAUCACAGAUUUCAAUCUUUGUAAUUUAAAAGUGCUCAAUCUCAGCAAGAAUAGCAUGGAGCUUUUCCAAAGCAUAACAUCAACACAUUCUUAUAAACUAGUGCUUCUUGAUCUGAGUGAAAACAAAAUGCCUUAUUUCCCGCUUCUCCCCAGAAACAACGUGCUUGAAUAUUUGGAUGUUUCACGAAACCAGCUUCAGAGCCUGAAUGUCACAGGAAGUCCUGAAACAAAAGUUUUUUUCUAUCACCUGAGAUACCUGGACAUGAGUUACAACCAACUAAAAAGCAUACCAGAGUCGUUUUUUUACUGUAUGGCAUCACUCGAGGUCCUAAAUGUGAGCAAUAACUGUAUCAGCUCAUUUUCUAUCACUAAUGAAGGCCUUCUGCAGACGGUGAAGAUUAUCAACCUCAGCUAUAAUACGCUGCAGAGCCUAAAGUUUAGGGAAAACACUCUGCCAUCGCUGGAAAAGCUCCUCUUACACGGAAACGACCUCACGACCCUGGACCAUCAAAUAUUUCAAAGACUUCCGAACAUCAACCACCUGCAGCUCCAGCAGAAUAAUCUGCAAAUCUGCUCCUCGGACCAAAACCACCAGGAUUCUCCAGGUUGUGUUUCCUUUUCCUCCAUAAGCAACUUGCAGUUCCUGAACCUGUCUGAAAACAAUCUGCAGACUCUUCCUGCAAACUUGUUUGCAAACACUCCUCUGACGUUACUCGACUUGUCCCUGAAUCCAGGCGUAGACAUGGACAAAGACUCCCUCUCUGGUCUGGAGCAUUCCCUGGUCCACCUCCUAUUGAGGGAGAACAACAUUUCCAGUUUAAACACAGACCUGUCCUCACUGACGAGUCUCAAACACAUAGACCUGUCCACCAACCAGCUGACCACCCUGCCGAUGUGGAACAAAGACUCCUCAAUCGAGUCACUAAACCUGCAGCACAACAACCUGGUCACCCUGGAGUACCGCACCAUGCUCGCUCUGGAGCGCUCACUAAAAACUCUCUACAUGGGCUCCAACCCUCUGAGCUGCUGCAGCAACCUCGACUUCCUCCACAUGGUCCAGCACUCCGCCGUGGUCGUGCCGGACAUCGAGACGGUAACCUGCGUUCACGAGGAGUACUCAGAACCAGUCAACAUCGAGAAGGUGACCAAGGAAAUGUGUCACAGACCAGGUGUCCAGAACUAUAUUAUUGCUUUAGUAGUGAUAGCGUUAGCUGCGAUGAUCGUGCUGGGGCUGCUGGUUAAAUGUUGCCACUUGAGGAAACGGAAACCCAACCGCAGCUUUAACGCAUAAUGUGAAGCCAUGAAGGAAUUCAUAUUUAGGACUUUGUUGGUGACUAGAGACAAUAGAAACACAUGAAUGUAAUGUCACCCAAAGUCCUCCAAAGGGACAAUUUUUACCCCUGAUUUGGGUUUAGCACCUCUGCUACUGGAGUGAAUAAAUCCAAAUUUGGGUGAAAGGGGAAGAAGCCUUGGUGAGGCUGAGAUGGGACACGCAAGAAGCAACCACAAUGGCACCUGUAAAUCACAAAUACAUGUGCCAUAAUAUCUUUUAAAUGAAGGCAUAACAAAAGACAAACUAUUGAAACCAGCACUUCUUGUGGAAAAUAUUUCCUCCAUAUAUUUCAAAAGAGAAGUUUGGACUUUUUAAAAGGACGUCAGAAAGCGUCUUGCAGUCAGGAUCUAGUGGUUUUUCCAGGAACUGCAAUUUUAGAGCCAUUCGGCUAAAGAAAAAUGUUCAUAUUGUACCCUUUUGCAAACCAUGGAUUUGUUACAUUAUUAGAUCAUUUUUAGCGGAUAUAUUAAAACUUUAAUUGUUGUGGUAAAGGUGUGGUUAGGGUUCGGCACAAAAAUCACAUUCGGCCUAAAUCAUAAUCAUAUUUUGGCUUUAAAAAAACUCAGCUUUAGUGACGCAAAAGCUGCUGAAAAACGCUGUGACGUGUCAGUGAAAAACAAAUGGGCAAAGUGACUCAAACACCAUUGAGAGAUGCUGCAAAAGGUUGCCAAAAAACAUCUGGUGCUGUUGGGUUUGCACAGUGGUCUGCAGAGGUCCAAAGCUUAGCAGGCGUCUCGCCUAGGUCACAUGCCAUCCAAUAUCACCUCCACAAGUCAGCUUAAAUAAUGCGUCACUUUAAAAAUGUUUUCAUGAAAUGUGCAAAUGUUAUUCAUGGUUGGCAGAAAUGUACUCUAUCGACUGGGCUGGGUGUUUCCUGAUUAUUUAUGAAGCCACAUGCUAACCAGCAUAACUUUAUUGAAUGUAAAAGGAUAAAUCCACACUAAAACACUUAACACUGUUGACCAUUUUCUCCACUGAUGGUAACCUUUACUGAUCAGACUGGAAUACAACCAUAAAAUGCAAAAGGGAUAGACUGACUGCUUGGGAAAUGUGCUAUUCAUUUUCUUGCUGAAAGAUGAGAAGCUUGAACUUUCCACAAGAAAGAAAAUAAGCAUAUUUUCUAUAUAUAUAUUUGACUGUUCCUUUAAAGGGACAGCUUAGAGGAAAAAUGUAUUUGUAAUUUUAGGGGGAACUGUCCUUUUAAAGGUUGAAUCAGGGGUUCCUGAAGAUGAAUCAGAGAGUGAGACAGAAAGAUAAAUCAGAUUUAGUUAAGAGUGUCGACACUGGAACAAAGUCAGAUGUCUUCACUCUGUGACGUUCAGUGUAAGAGUAUCUGAGAGUGGAAUUUUCCUUUAAGCUAAAAAUAAAGAAACACAAACACUACAAAAGGUCAUGAAACAAAAUGCUCUUUCACGAAUGAUGAAGUGUGAUAAGAUGAAGUAGGUUGUCUGAAAGCAACCCGAGACGUCCCCUUACCCUUUAUGUAGUUUGCACUUUAUAUUUCCUCGUGUUGGUGUGAUUUUAUCUGUGACUGUUAACACUAAGGAUAAUUUUAUUGUUAUG